CCCAGUAUUUACUUACAUUGAGUACAAGUCCACGUCACUAUUGAGUGAGAUUCGCAGUGGUGUGGAUCUUCUUUUAAACCUGAGUUUUCCCAGUUUUUACAUUGAACAACAUAGCCGGUGAUAUGUCAUUGUUUAUUGUCAUUCGCGGUUUAUAUUCUUACAAUAAAGACUACCAGAUCUUCGGAAACGGGGACCCGAGAAGGCCGAGGAAGUGGAAACAGGGGAGGACAGUGGACACAGAGGGCACUUACAAGUGUCACUGAGUGCCCAUCAUCUGCGGAUGUUUGGGUACCGAGGAGUGUUUGAAGUUUGUUGACCCGUCCGUGUGAAGUGCUGCGUAUUGUUCCACUGGAGAUAAUGCUGGUCCACCAUCGGGGACAUUUCGGAUUAUUUCUUUCCUCACAAGGGGAUUGCACUCUUUAUAAUCAGCUCGGACAAAGCGAGGGUCCCGAUUCAAGGGGAAUGAUGAGAAGGGGGAAAAUACCACUCAGGCCUACCACAAAUGCAGCAAGUACGGAAAAGAUCCAAAUUUCGUAAAUGUUCCGGUACGACUCAGAAACGAAUUCAGUUCCUCCACCUCCUCCUCCGUCGUCUACUGUGCCCUCCAUUCUUGCCACGUUUGUUGAGUCUACCUCGCAAGCUAUUGAGUCGAAUGGCGAAGGAACACUUUCCCCAGCGCUUUUAUGCGUAGUCGAGCUGGGAACCUCUCCAUCCGUUCAGUGAGAUUAGGCUACAGCCUCAUAUUGUUUACUGAUAACUGCAGAAAGACCAGCUGAUGCGAGUAGUGUAUCUCUCAUUGCCAAUAGAUAUCUGCUGUAUUCAACAACAUGAUUGACCUCUUCGGCUUCAACUUUGAACUAUGACCUAGUCUUCAUUUAUCCACGUAGAACUUUAGUUUCGUAGAAAUAAUUCUGUCUGCAGCCCCAGGGCCUUCCCAGGGAUGUGAAUGCUAUUAGGCUAAGUAUUUUUGCCCUCGGGAAAUUCAAAUUGGCUCAUGGGACCUAUAGCAUUUUGUAAUUCGCAAAGAGAUCACCCUUUAAAUGGAAGGAGGAAAUUAGUUUUAGAUCUACUACGGCAAUUUACUCAGAGCAACCAUCACACUCACACCUUUCCACUUCAACUCACUAACACAACACCUAUACUUUUGACCUUGGCUGAGUCUAUUUUUGCAGUCGAGGGGGUUGCGGUUGGGUGACUGAAAUUGUGUGUGAGCGUUGCGCGUGUGUAGGCCUAAGGAACCGAGAGCAGGCAGAUUCUGGCACUACCUCUCCCUCCCCCUCCCGAUCUUGUUCCCAAAAUUCUUUUAGAAGAAGGAAAGAGGGAAAAACGCUCUUCUUCCUGAGAUGUGUGUGAGUCGGUGUGAGCGUGUAAAGUAAGGUUCCUGUAUGCGAGAACAGGCUUUCUCUGGGGGAAGAUAGAGGCUGCAAGGAAGGAUGAAACACCGACGUCUGUGAGUGCAUGAGUAUUUCAGAACAAUGGACAGUGCUUUUCGAACAACGAUUUUUGAUAUCGCACAGGACGCUUCUCAAGUAGCCACUGCUCACAAUGAAAACGAUGGGAGUUUCAGAGCGAGUGUCACUAUUGAGCAUGUCCCACCCAAAUUGGUGCUGCAUAUGUUCAGCUUCUUGAGGCUAUGUGAGCUGGGAAAGAUGGCCCAGGUGUGUCGUAAAUGGAGAUCAAUUGCUUACGACAGCCGCUUGUGGACGAAAGUCUCGCUCCGACCUGAGUUCUCAGGAUUACACGUCUAUGCACCGGAGGUUCUUCAGGCCCUCAUUGGAAUUCGGUUCGGAGCCACGCUGAAGUACAUUGAAAUACCCAGUGACCUCAUUACUGCUCCUGUCUUACAUGAACUGUCGAACAAAUGCCCAGCUCUCAGGUACAUGACUUUGGAUUUCUCAAAUGCCAUGCAGCUCCAUGAUUUCAACGAUCUGAAUGCCUUCCCAUGCAAUCUCCGAAGUUUGUGCAUCUGCCUCUCAGAAGUUAUUUUUCUGGAAGGUUUCAUGAGGAGAAUCUACAGCUGUCUGUCCUCUCUUGAUGUCCUGCAUUUAAUAGGCACUUUUGAGCUUUCGUCUGAAUCUGAAGAGGAUAUCUAUGAAGUAAUCAACAUCAGUAAGAUCAAAGCUCAUACUCCAAACCUGCGUGUGGUCAACCUGUAUGGGAUUACCUUUCUGGACGACUCGCACAUCGAACUGCUGGCUUCCAACUGCAUCCAUAUUGAGUGUCUUGCUUUGAAUUUCUGCUUGCGAGUGAAAGGAGCAUCGUUUAAGAAUCUUGUUCAACGCUGCAAAAAGUUGAAAAGUUUACUUUUGCACCAUGCAGGUGUGGAAGAUGAUCACAUGACCAGCGUCCCCUGGGAGGCUUCUUCCAUCCAUGAACUCGACCUGACCUCCACUGAACUGUCUGCUCACUGCUUGGAAAACAUCCUUCUGCGCAUGCCUGGCUUCACAUACUUGGCACUGGGCUAUUGCGAAUUCUUCAAUGACGUGAUCUUGGAGAAAUUGAUGGAGAAAGGGAAAUUCAACCGGCUGCAGGCCCUGGACAUUAGUCACACGCAUGCGCUGAGCGAGAACGCCAUCUACCAGUUCAUCCAGAUGCACGGCACCAAUCUGAAGGGUCUCAUGUUGGCCGGGAAACCGAAGCUGACGGAGAACUUCUGGCUGAACGCUAUCCCCUGCCUCAAGAACGUCAGAAUCUGUGUCCUGGGAACUGCAAACGGCUGGUUCCUGAAAAUGCAGUCUCGUGUUCAUGUGGAUCAGAUUGUGGAGGCGUUUGCCCAACACUGCCCCAAGCUGGAGCGCUGUGAGAUCCAGUGGGACCCGGACACUAUUCGCUUCAGUGACAAGAGCAACAAGUUUAUUGACCAUGUUAGAUUGAGAUGUCCUUCCCUGAAGUCAUUCACGCUGAGCGACGGGGAGUAUUACGAAAUGGUCAAGUCAAAUUUCGAGCGAGCUGAUCGAGUUAAAGUUGUCCGCACCUGCACAAACUAUACCACCAGUGUUGUCAGCCUACUCAACAAUUAUAACGAUUUGUUGUUUAACUAAAGGACAAGUAGAAACUUGGACUGUACUGUAUGUGCAAUUUUUGUACAGAUGGUUUAUUUCUUUCCCUUAAUUUUUAAACAUAGACAAUCAUUGUGCAA